AUGAAUGUCUUCGCCAUUAGUCUACUGGUCAUUAUACUGAUUGGGCUAGACUCUUCAGCGGCUCGACCUGCUUAUGGUCGAGGCGCAAGAGACCUUGGCAGCAACGACCCGGAUUUGGUGACCCAAUAUUUCGAGGGCGGUCGGUUUGAGCAGUCCCUCAAUCACGAAAACCUGCUCGUUGAAUCGGAUGAGCCGCGGGACUUGUCAGGGCCUAAUGGUGGGCAAUGGAGCAUAAAAGAUCUGGUCCGAUCGGUGCACGAAAUGUUUCUUGGACGUAGCGAGAAAGAGAAGCCUGAAAAGCCACAGGUGUCAAAUUCGGCGUCGUAG